GAUGAGUCGGCAUUCAUAGUGAAUACGAGUGACUCGGAUGUGGAGUCGACUCGGAAGAAGGCGCCGAAGAAGAGGAUACGAAAUGUGGGCUCAAAGUCGAGUUCCAGUGAAGACAAGUCCGACUCCAGCGAUGAAAACUCGUCUGACGAGGACUUGGAUGUGUUGGACAAGUACUCGAGUACUCGGUCUCAGAGGCAGAAGGAGAAUGAGAUGAAGAAACGUGAGAAGAACGAGAAGCUGAAGAAGCGAAUGGACGAUAAGAAGAAGAGGAAACGCAUGGAAUACAACUCGCCCUCUGAUUCGUCACAAGACAACGAUUCCGGCGAAGAGAAGCGUCUGAAUUGGAAGAAUUGGAAGUCAAAGUCAAAUCCGCCCAAAAAGAGGGUCCGACGGAUAGUAUCGGACGACUCGGACGAUAAUGAAGUGAACGGCAAUCGCGACCACAAGUCUGUCGAUGAGUCGCACCCGGAGGUGACCACUACUGGUGCCGUCCAUCUCGUGGAAAGCGAUGACGACAUUGAGUACUUGGGGUCUGUGCCCGCGAGGGAUUUAAGUUCAUCGGACACCGAAAGUGAUGCGACCGUUGAUCCCAACCCUAUAGAGACAUCCGAUGAGUUGAUGCCAGAAGUGGCGCCAAUAGACCACCGGAACAAUGAGGCGGUAGCCAACCCCACCACUCCUCCCACGCCUGUUGAUGCGGGCACUCCUCAAGAGAGACAGUCACCCGACUCGCAGAAUAUAAUUCCUAAUGAUAUGAUGUUAGACACGAUGAGUGAAUCGAGUCUAGAAAACCUGUUGUUUGACUUACAGCAAAGGAGUGAUGAUAUUAGCGUUAUUAGUGAUACCCCUCAACCGGCAAUCUCACAGCCAGUGGCCAGUCAGGCGACCGGUGCUUUCAAACCACAACUGGACCCCUUAAAAGUCUUGACAUCCGCUGAGGGCAAACCAACAGCGACUGUGGCACCAGUGCAGCCAAAGCCUGUCAUACCUGCGCCCCCACCGCCACCCCCACCACCCCCUCAGCCACAACUGCCUCAGUAUUGUGUGAGUGAAAAGAGAAUCAAAUGUCCGGAUAAAAUGCCAUUCAGACAAUAUAUGGUUAAGAAUGGUGUGCAACACACCAUCGAAGCGCCCCCUAAACUACCUCCGGAGGUGUUCAUCAAAGUCAUUCAUUCAAGUGUUACACUAAACAAAGUGAGAAGACUGUUAAACAGUGACAGCGAUGACAUCGAGACACUAGAAGAGACACUUAAAGUGCCCCUCAAUUGUCCGUUAUCUUAUCAGAAAUUGUUAGUUCCGGGCCGUUCGGUCAACUGUCCACAUAUUGACUGUUUUGAUGUGAAUAACUUCUUGGAAAUUAACUUUAACCGCAAGAUUGAUGACUGGAAGUGUCCGAAAUGCAAACAACCGGCCAAACUCGAGCACCUCAUCAUUGAUGGUCUCAUCGAUCAUAUCCUGAAUAUGACGCGAGCGUUGAAUAUGUCAGACGUGGAUUCGGUUACGUUUGACAACAAAGCCAUUUGGAGACCUGAUGUCAAACGACCGGAUAAUUACGUGGAUUCGGUUACGUUUGACAACAAAGCCAUUUGGAGACCUGAUGUCAAACGACCGGAUAAUUUGGUCAAUAAGAGUAACGAAAAAGACGUCAUAAGUCUCGACGCGACUCUAGAGUCACAAGAGGUCAUAGAUCUGGAGGACGACGAUGAGGAGGAACCGGAUCCCAUCGCGAAGACGAACCAACUCUUGAAUUCAAUCGCAUUGCAGACCAUCGCGUCGGCGAAGGAUAUCCAGAAGAAUAUCUCGAAAUUUAUUCAAACAAAUAAACAGAAUUCGAGGGCAACUUCUGGAGGUAAUGCCGAUAGAGAGUUGUCUGUGAAUACAAUUCUGAACUUCUUAACGACUCCAGUGUCCAAAACGUCAGCACCGGUACCGCCACGACCAGCGGCCGCCUCACGACCCCCACCUGCACACGCGACGGGACGGGCAGUACCCGCCACAACAGCCGGCGCUCAACAAGUGUCACGCAUUCAUAUCGUGAUACCUACUAAUAAGGAUCAGAGGCCGGCCGCCACCGCUAACUCUCGGCCACAAAACACAGUCAGGAUAUCGUCGAACCAAAAUCCAACUCCCAUUGCGUUUAAUCGGAAUUCAGGUCCUGUUAGACAGUCCGGACCCAACGCGUUGACUAACGGUAACCAACAACAGGGUGAACUCCAAUUCAAAUUCAACAAUGACAAUGUGGUCAGUGAGAUCUACUGUAAACUCUGUAAUGAAACAAUCAAUGUGUCCAACGUGAGUGAUAUCCCCAAUCUGAUGACCUACCACCUCAAGAGUGGGCAACAUAUGGCCGCUCAAAGCGGUUCUUCCCGUACGGCCGCCAAUAAUAGCAACCGUUUAGUGAAUGGCGUGCACCGACCCAAUGCCCCCUCAGCCGCCUAUACACAGCACUUCCACUUUGGUUCAGCUACUUAUCAAAAUCAAUAUCGGCCCCCAAAUCAGACACAUUACCCUCUCAACACUAAUCAAUCGUAUAGUGCUGUCAAUUAUGUCUACCACCCAAAUGUAUAUCAGCAACAAAUGAAUACCAUUUCAUCGGUACCACAACCGGUACCCCCACCACAGACACAUUCCGCGCCCGUAUUCCAGACAUCAGUUCCACAGCAUUGGAAUACAGGACAACACAAUCAGACAAAUACGAGUCUUUUGCCUCGAGUUGCCUCACGAGUCGAGUCUGUCUGUCAGUCGCAUCCAAUCCAAGCCAUGAGUAAACAGUUUGACGACCCAAAUGUCAAACCCAAGUGUUUGUGGUCAUUGGACAAGACAUCUGGGCCUCAGGACCCGCACCAUCACGACUCACCCGCGGCUAAGCCCAAGAUACUGACCAACAUAUUGGAACAGAUCGGUGACACACCACUCGUCCGACUCAAUAAGAUUCCCAAAGAGUAUGGCGUGAAAUGCGAAGUGUUGGCCAAAUGCGAGUACUUCAACGCCGGCGGAUCCGUUAAGGACAGGAUCGCACUGAAGAUGGUGUGCGACGCCGAGAGGGAUGGCAUACUCCGCGAGGGCUUCACUAUCAUUGAGCCCACGAGUGGUAAUACGGGCAUUGGGUUGGCGUUGGCGGCGGCGGUCAAGGGAUACAAAUGUAUUAUCGUUAUGCCGGAGAAGAUGUCCAACGAGAAGGUG